AUGAACAACCACGAUGACCCUGCGACCGAUGAUCGCACGAGUACGUCGAAGACAACGAGCAAAAACAAACACGGCGAACAAGGUCAUCUUGCGUCAAAUCUACGACACAUUUCCAGAACCUCCGACGACAUUUUGGACGUGAAGCUGGUGUAUCACAACAUUAUUGAAAAACUGCGGAAGGCGGCCACAGAAGACUCGGUCCGGCUAGAAGUGGACCCGAAGCGACCGGUCAGGAAAGUUGCGACCAAUAAGAACGUGGCGCGGCCGGAUCAAGGGUUAAAGCCGGACUGGUUUUUCGAUUUUGAGGAACAGGAGCGGGAAGCGGCGCUGACAAGGAAGCACGCGGUCGAGAACAUUGUCCGGAAAAGCGAAUUGCUGGAGAGGGAAAAUCAUGUUAACUCUGGAGGUCGUGGUGGUGGUAGAAAUAAUUCCGGCACUACUUCUUCUUCUCCCUCUUCUCGCUCUGAGCACGGACAAUUGGGGAGUAAAACGGCGAUGGAUAAAAAUGUCAGGUCUACUGCAACAGGUUCGACCCCCGUUGAUCUUCAUGGGGGUACAAUAGGAGGUGGUGGCUCCAACGUGCAAUCUUUUUCCGAAGGUGGAAAUCCAGAUGAAGCAGCAGGCGAGAAAAAACAGGCGGACGACAAAAACAACUACAAUAUCAAAAACUACAACCACGCCCAAAUAAUCCUCGAGGAGGACCGCGCCCGGCAGGAAGAAGAAAGAAACAAACAGAAAGAGAUCUACCACCGCAAACGGAACCGCAUGAAGGAGACCGAAGCGGCGCAUUUGUCCCUGCAGCGACUCAUGGGCCAGCCGGAGUACCACUACGGCAAGGACGGGAUGAUCCGGUACUUCCGGUCAAAAAACGAAAACCGGUUUUUUUGCCGGGUUUGCGCGAUUUUUGCGCAGGAAGUUUACAAAUUUGUCGAUUUCACCACCCGGGAAGUGUUUGUCGGCAUCACGACGUUCGACACCUUGCUGUUUUUUUUCAUCCUCUUUGUCAUCAUUGCGCUGCAGAUUUUGGAUCGGUUCGAGCGGCCAAGUGAAAAGGAUUUGAAAAUCGCUUUUGAGGAGGACAGGUUCGCAAAAAAGAAGAAAAGGAGAUCAAGGAUGAAAUUAUUGUUUUUCGAUACAACUGCUAGUACAGCAGGAGGUCGUGCUACUUCGAAAAGCGGAUUCAGUAGGGAUUCAACAGGUGAACAACAUCAAAAGGUGGAGGUCCCCACGUCUAUCACAAACCGGGAUUUCGAAAGAUUUCUCGCGAAAAAGUGGCGGCACGGGCAGAAAUUGAAGGAUAAAGGAAGACUGGGAAGCAGGUACGACCCGGAAAAAAUGCGGAUGUCGCUAUCGCGAGAAAAAAGUGUUACAGUUACACAUUGUGUUGCAGGCCAAGCAAGACAGACAAGCUCUGUCAUGCCGGAUAUGCAUAGCAGCCUCGUUUCAUAGGUGUUUUCCCGUAGGAUUUCUGCAUUGCAAGUUUUCUUUCUCAUGCAGAUAAAUUUGUGUUGCUGAAUUGACAACAAAUGUGUAACUGUAACACUUUUUUCUUUGCAUAGUCGCUGGUUGAAGAAGAGUACCGGAGAGAAAUUCAGGCCAAAGUUUCACCCGCCUGUUGCGUGGACCAGAUCCGGGCGGGACGGUGUUUGGAGUAG